AUGGCCGAUGCUGCGGCUCGUUCGCAGCAGUACGAGUACAAGGCGAAUUCCAAUCUUGUACUGCACGCCGACACUCGACUGAUUGAACGACGUCCUCGAGAUGAAGCCACGGGCGAGGUUGUUUCACUCGUUGGCAAGCUAGGAACCGUCAAAAUGGGAGACCGAUACCAGCGGACUAAGCCCAGCAAUGAAGCAAAGCCAAAGAAGAAGAAAGCUUCAAAAGUCGACACUGACAACGGCUACGAUCUAGCAAAGAUGAAAGGAAAAUCUCUACUGUCUCAGGAUAUUAAUGAGUCGAUGGGCAUUCGGUAUCACCCUCGAACUCAGGAGACCAAAGAAACCUACGACCUGAUUCUCUCCUUCAUCGCUGACAGUCUUGGUGACCAGCCUCGAGAUGUGAUUUGUGGCGCUGCAGAUGAAAUUCUGGAGACCAUGAAAUCUGACAAAGCUAAAGAAUUGGAGAAAAAGUCAGUAGUGGAGGCGCUGAUCGGACCGCUGAAUAAGGAAAAGUUCCAUACUUUAUCCGGAUUGUGUCGCAAAAUCACCGAUUUCAGCUUUGACGACGGCGCUAAUGGCCAGGCUCACGGCGACGACAACCUCGACGAGGCUUAUGGUGUCAAUGUUCAAUUCGAGUCUGAAGACGAAGAGGAAUUUGAUGAUAUGACCAACGAAAUUCGCGACGAGGAUGACGAGGAGAAUGAAGAGGGCGAAGAGGCGGUUCAGGAUUCUGCCAUUAAAGCUUCACUGGCGGAAAGUACCGAAAACACCACUCGCCGUAAAGGAAAAGAGGCGAAAAUUCAUCCUCGAGAAAUUGAUGCUUUCUGGCUACAGCGAAACCUGAGCAAGUACUUUGAUGAUCCCGUCGUUGCACAGUCCAAAGCGGCGGAAGUUUUGAAAAUAUUAAAGUUGGACGAUAAUGAAGUAGAAACUCAGCUGAUCAUCCUGCUUGGUUUUGAAAUGUUUGAGUUCAUCAAAGUUCUGCGGCGUGAUCGUCAGAUGAUUCUGUACUGCACCUUACUGGCGCAAGCUCAGCGCCAAUCAGACCGGGCGAAGAUUCUCGAUAAAAUGAAGAGUGAUCCUAAGCUGUCGGAGAUUUUGCGAAAGCUCGAAACUAGCCAAUCGAAGGAGAGACCUGAUGAUGCACUCGCCGCCAAGGAGACUGCUCGCCAAGUUUUACCCGACGAGGAGAUGGAGGAGCUCUUCUCAAACAAAGCUAAACUGCUCGAUCUGGAAGACCUGAGCUUUCAGCAGGGAUCCCACUUUAUGUCUAACAAAAAGUGCUCCCUUCCAGAGGGCUCAUUUCGAAAGCAGCGAAAGGGGGCGGAAAUUAUUCACGUUCCCGCACUGAAGCCGAAGCCCUUUGACCCGGAUGAGACGCUGGUACCGAUUGACAAGCUGCCGCGAUAUGUGCAGCCCGCAUUCGAGGGUUUCAAGUCGCUGAACCGCAUUCAGUCUCGACUUGCUCCCACCCUCCUGGAGACAGAUGAAAACCUGCUCGUCUGUGCUCCGACUGGCGCCGGUAAGACCAACGUCGCCCUGCUGACGAUGAUGCGCGAAAUUGGCAAGCACAUCGACCCCGUCAGCGGCAUCAUCAACACGGAUGAGUUCAAAAUUGUGUACAUUGCGCCGAUGAAGUCGCUCGUCCAGGAGAUGGUGGCCAACUUCAGCAAGCGCCUCGAGUCGUACAAGAUCAAAGUCGCCGAGUGCACCGGUGACCACCAGCUGAGCACCGAGCAGAUUGUCCAGACGCAGAUCAUCGUCUGCACGCCGGAAAAGUGGGACGUGAUCACGCGAAAAGGGGGCGAGCGAAGCUACACCAAAAUCGUCAAGCUGAUCAUCUUUGACGAAAUUCACCUCCUCCACGACGAGCGAGGGCCCAUUUUGGAGUGCCUGGUGGCGCGCAUGAUUCGCAGCUGCGAGACCACCCAGGAGGAGAUUCGCCUGGUCGGCCUCUCCGCAACGCUGCCCAACUACGAGGACGUGGCGCUCUUUCUGCGCGUCAACCCCAAGAAGGGCCUCUUCUACUUUGACAACAGCUUCCGACCGGUCCCGCUGGAGCAGCAGUACAUUGGCAUCACCGAGAAGAAAGCGGUCAAGCGCUUUCAGCUGAUGAACGAGAUUCUCUACGAGAAGGUGAUGGAGCACGCCGGCCUCAAUCAGAUUCUCAUCUUUGUGCACUCUCGGAAGGAGACGGGCAAGACGGCGCGGGCCGUGCGCGACCUCUGCCUGGAGCGCGACUCGCUGGGCCGCUUUCUCAAAGAGAGCUCCGCCUCGACGGAGGUGCUGCGCUCCGAAGCGGAGCUCUGCAAGAACCUCGAGCUGAAGGACCUGCUCUCGUACGGCUUCGCCAUCCACCACGCCGGCAUGACCCGGGUGGACCGCACCCUGGUGGAGGACCUCUUUGCCGACCGGCACGUGCAGGUGCUGGUGUCGACGGCGACGCUCGCCUGGGGCGUCAACCUGCCCGCCCACACCGUCAUCAUCAAGGGCACGCAGGUGUACAACCCGGAGAAGGGCCGCUGGGUGGAGCUAGGCGCGCUGGACGUGCUGCAGAUGCUCGGUCGUGCCGGCCGCCCGCAGUACGACACCAAGGGCGAGGGCAUCCUCCUGACGCAGCACUCUGAGCUGCAGUACUACCUCUCCCUACUGAACCAGCAGCUGCCCGUCGAGUCGCAACUGAUCUCCAAGCUGCCCGACCUGCUCAACGCGGAGAUCGUCUUGGGAAAUAUCCAGAACGUGAAGGACGCCGUCCGCUGGCUCGGCUACACCUACCUCUACGUGCGCAUGAUGCGCAACCCGACGCUGUACGGCAUCUCACAUGACCAGAAGAAGGAGGACGAGAAGCUAGAGCAGCACCGGACGAACCUCAUCUACACGGCGGCCUCUGUCCUGGACAAGUGCAACCUCAUCAAGUUUGACCGCCGCUCGGGGAACAUCCACAGCACCGAGCUGGGGCGCAUUGCCUCGCACUACUACUGCACCAACGAGACGAUGGCCACCUACAACCAGUUCCUCAAGCCGACCCUCUCGGAGAUUGAGCUCUUUCGGGUGUUCUCCCUUUCGGGUGAGUUUAAGCACAUCACCAUUCGCGAGGAGGAGAAGCUGGAGCUGCAGAAGCUGAUGGAGCGAGUUCCGAUUCCCAUCAAGGAGUCCAUUGACGAGCCCUCGGCGAAGGUGAACGUGUUGCUGCAGGCGUACAUUUCCCAGCUCAAGCUGGAGGGACUGGCCCUCAUGUCGGACAUGGUCUAUGUGACGCAGUCGGCCGCCCGGCUGAUGCGCGCCAUCCACGAGAUUGUUCUCUUCAGCGGCUGGGCGCAGAUGGCCGACAAGACGCUCUCCCUCUGCAAGAUGAUCGACCGGCGGAUGUGGCAGUCGCUGUCGCCGCUGCGGCAGUUUAAGAGCCUCAACGAGGAGGUGGUGAAGAAGCUGGAGAAGAAGGGCUUUGCCUUUGAGCGCCUCUACGACCUGGGCCCCAAUGAAAUUGGCGAGCUCCUGAAGAACCCGAAGUUUGGCAAGCCGGUGCACAAGUACGUGCACAUGUUUCCCAAGCUGGAACUGGAGGCACACAUUCAGCCGAUCACCCGGUCCACGCUCAAAGUGGAGCUCACCAUCCGACCGGACUUUCAGUGGGUGGAGCGCAUUCACGGCAACUCGCAAGCGUUCUGGAUUCUCAUUGAGGACGUCGAUGGCGAGGUCAUUCUGCACCACGAGUACUUUCUCCUCAAGCAGCGCUACGCCACCGAUGAGCACAUCGUCAAGUUCUUCAUUCCCGUCUUUGACCCGCUGCCGCCGCAGUACUUCAUUCGCAUCACCUCUGACCGAUGGAUCGGCGCGGAGACCAUCUUUCCCGUCUCCUUUCGGCACCUCAUUCUCCCGGAGAAGUUUGCCCCGCCAACUGAGCUGCUCGACCUGCAGCCGCUCCCGCUGGACGCCCUUCGAAAUGAGCAGUUCAGCCGACUGUACAGCGACAAGUUCACCCACUUUAACGCCAUUCAGACGCAGGUCUUCAACUCGCUGUACAACUACGAUGACAAUGUCUUCAUCGGGGCGCCGAAUGGGAGCGGAAAGACCGUCUGCGCGGAGAUUGCCAUCCUCCGCUGGCUGAUGGUGUCGGGGGGCAAGGGCAAGUGCGUCUACGUGACGCCGAAGCAGCAGCUAGCGCAGAUUGUCCGCGACCAAUGGACAAAGAAGUUUAAGCCGCUGGAGAGUCUGAAGGUGGUCCUGCUGACGGGCGACUCGUCGAUUGACCUGCGGCUGAUUGCUGAGGGAAACGUCAUCGUCUCCACGCAUGAAAAGUGGGACCUGAUCUCUCGGCGGUGGAAGCAGCGCAAGAAUGUGCAGAAUGUGGACCUCUUCAUUGUGGACGAUCUGCAGCUGCUGGGCGGGGAGGACGGGCCCGUCUACGAGAUUAUCGCCUCGCGAAUGCGCUACAUGGCUUCGCAGAUUGAGAAGCAGAUUCGCAUUGUGGCGCUCUCCUCGCCGAUCGCCAACUCCCGUGACAUCUCACAGUGGCUGGGCUGCAGCUCGGGGCACACCUUCAACUUUCACCCCAAUGUGCGCCCCCUUCCGCUGGAGCUGUACAUUCGCGGUUUCAACCAGACGCACAAUGGGACGCGCAUUCUGGCCAUGUCGAAGCCCGCCUACCAGGCGAUCAUGUCGCGCGCCCCGCACCGCUCCACCAUCAUCUUUGUGCCCUCGCGGCGGCAGUCUCGCCUGACCGCCCUCGACAUGUUCACCUUUGCCGCCGCCGACAACGACCCGGGCAAGUUUCUGCACAUCGAGGAGGAGCACCUGAAGCCGCACCUGGAGAGGAUCAACGACGAGGAGCUGCGACACUACGUGGUGAACGGCGUCGCCUUCCUCCACGAGGGCACCACGCUGAAUGAUCGACUGAUAGUGGAGCGGCUCUUCGCGGCGAACGCCAUCCAGGUGGUGGUCAUGUCGGCGGCCCUCUGCUGGUCCACCACCAUCAACGCCUACCUGGUGAUCAUCAUGGACACGCAGCUGUACAAUGGACGCAUUCACGCCUACGAGGACUACCCCAUCUCCGACGUAAUUCAGAUGGUGGGCCAUGCCGGCCGGCCGGGGGAUGAGCACGAGAGCGACAGCAAGUGCGUCCUCUUCUGCCAGAGCUCGAAGAAGGAGUUCUUCAAGAAGUUCCUCUUUGAGCCGCUGCCCAUCGAGUCCCAUCUCGACCACUCGCUGUACGACCACUUCAACGCGGAGAUUGGCACGCAGACGAUUGAGAACAAGCAGGACGCGGUGGACUACCUCACCUGGACCUUCCUCUACCGGCGCAUGUCGCAGAAUCCCAACUACUACAACCUCUCCGGCGUCACGCAUCGCCACCUCUCGGACCACCUCUCUGAGCUGGUGGAGAGCACGCUGACCGAGCUGGAGAAGUCAAAGUGCAUCGCCAUCGAGAACGACAUUGACCUGAGCGCGCUGAAUCUGGGCCUGAUUGCCAACUACUACUACAUCAACUACGCCACCAUUGAGCUGUUUAGCCUGUCGCUGAAGGCUAACACCAAAAUUCGCGGUCUAAUUGAGAUCAUCAGCAAUGCCACCGAGUACGAGAGCAUUCCCAUCCGCCACCGGGAGACGGAGUUGCUGGGGAAGAUUCUCGCCAAGGUGCCCAACAAGAUCCCAAACGUUAAGCUCUCUGAUCCGCAUGUGAAGGCGAACCUGCUUCUGCAGGCGCACCUCUCCCGUAUUGUCCUUUCCGCCGAGCUGCAGUCUGACCUGGAUCAGAUUCUCGUGAAGGCCAUCUCGCUGAUUCGCGCCUGUAUCGACGUCAUUAGCUCCAAUGGCUGGCUGACGCCGGCCAUUGCCGCCAUGGAGUUCUCGCAGAUGAUCACCCAGGCGGUGUGGAACAAGGACUCCUACCUACGGCAGCUGCCGCACUUUAGCAGCGAAAUUAUUGAGCGCUGCAAGAAGCACGAGGUCGAGUCGAUCUUUGACAUUAUGGACCUGGAUGAUGAGGAUCGAAAUAAGCUGCUGCAGCUGGACAACAAAAAGAUGGCCGAUGUGGCUCGGUUCUGCAACCAGUAUCCCAAUAUAGUGCUUGAAUAUGAGGUGGUUGAUCAGGAUCAAAUUGACAGUGACUCUACAGUGACCGUUUUGGCUGACGUGGCCAGAGAGGACGACGACUACGGACACGUGAUGGCACCGUUCUUCCCUCGGAACUGUAAACGUGACGAAAACUGGUGGCUGGUGAUUGGUGACCUGAAGGCAAACUCGCUCAUUUCCAUCAAGCGCAUCACACUGCAGAAGAAGGCCAAGGUAAAGCUGGAGUUUCAGGCGCCAGCAGCACCCGGCGACUACUCUUACACGCUGUAUUUUAUGUGUGACUCGUACAUGGGCGCCGAUCAGGAGUACAAGUUCAACCUUCACGUGAACGGCAAAGAAAAGUCAGGGUCGAGAAAGAGAAAAGCUUCGGACAGUGAGUAG